AUGUCAAACGUAGAUCUCUUGAAAGCUCAUGAUGAACCAUUCCGGCUCCUCCAAUCCUGCAUAAGGUAUCGCUCUAACACGUCUCAUAACCAAAUGAAUGAUCUAACAGCAAGUCCGACGCAUUCUAAACGAGAGUUGAAGGCUGACGCGGCUCCGGGAAUAUUGCCGUUAAAUCCUGUUCUCGUAUGGCUUGGACUUCUUAUCUUGCGAAGUGGGGGUCAGAAUGACGCGGUACAGCGUCUACUUAGUUGGCUGUUCACUGAGGUCAAGAGAUCAUUGCCAGAAGUGAACGUACCUACGGAAAUUACUGACGCCCCACCUCAACUCCUCUUAAUUGUGUGGGCAGACUUCCUUCUGGCCAUUUUAUUUUGGCAGAAAACGGCAGCAGAAUCUCCAGUACAGCUGUAG